AUGUCCUCCAACCCAAAGCAGGCUUCGGUCGCAUCCGGCCUGCGCGUCGACCAUGCCGAAUCCCACGAUAACCGCCAUGUCGCAGCCAUGGGCCGCACCACCUCCGGCCGCGCCCUCAAGAUCCGCGCAUACCCCAAGUUCAACACGCUCGAAGAAGAGCGGGUGUACCGGAAACAACACCUCGCGGCCGCCUACCGCAUCUUCGCCUCGCGGGGCUUCGAUGAGGGCGUGGCUGGCCACAUAUCUGUGCGCGACCCGAUUUUGCAUGAUCAUUUCUGGCUGAAUCCACUGUCCACGCACUUCUCGCUCAUUCGCGUAUCAGACUUGAUACUCGUGAAUGAGCAGGGAGAAGUGGUGGAGGGCAAUGAACCAAUCAAUGCAGCGGCUUUUGCGAUCCACAGCGCGAUCCAUAAGAGGCGGCCAGAUGUGGAUGCGGCAUGUCAUGCGCAUAGUGUGUAUGGCAAGGCGUUCAGUGCGUUUGGGAGGGAGUUAGACAUGAUCACGCAAGAUAGCAUUCGCUUCUAUAAAUCUCAUGGCGUGUAUAAAGAUUUCGGCGGUGUGGUGCUCGCGUCGGAAGAAGGUGAGCGAAUAGCCGAUGCGUUGGGCGAUGGCAAAGCUGCCAUCCUGCAAAACCAUGGCAUCUUGACGGUAGGCAAGACGGUGGAUGAGGCAGCGUUCUGGUUCUUAAGCCUUGACAAGACGUGUCAAGCGCAGCUGCUUGUUGAUGCGGCGAGUGCGGGGAGUGGAAAUAAGCCAAAAAUCAUUGGUGAUAAAGAGGCGGCAGAGACGUAUAAGCAGGUUGGGACACCGGAGAAAGGCUGGCUGGCGUUUCAAAGCUAUUACGACGAGGUUCUUGCGAAGACGGGUGGUGACUUCCUCAAGUAG